CGAUGGGUAUGGUGUGAGCAGGGCAAGUAAGCAGGAGACGCAGCAGCGGUCGGAUGCACCGAGCCUCAGCUGAGGGAAACCGCCAGAGCAGGAACAGAUCCACACGUGGAAUUGGGUAUCACGCCAGAAGUGACAACGCCGCCUCUGUCAGCCGACGGGGCCCGGCAGUAGUACGCCGAUUCCCCACUACUGCACUGUCUUUUUCACCGAUCCUUACCACGCUCACUCUGGAGAACAUUCCGGCCCCUGGGAGACUUUUCAGCAUAACGUGUUGUUGGUAUCGCGUUGUUCCUCUUGCAUUAUCGAUGUUUACCGAUACCCAAGAAAAAUAACAGUGCUAGCGAACCGGGUCCAUAUGGUCAUAGAUUGGAUUACAGAAAAUAUUAUUAAUUUAAAUUAAACUUCACCCAGUUUUCAUUGUUGUUCCUCUCCCGAUGCAGCCAGCGCGAAACAUCAACAAUUUCCUCACGUAUAAACAAUGUUAGCUGUGUGUGGCAGUGACUGUGCGUGCUCUACUGGCGAGAUCUACCAAGGAUAUUCGUUUCCUGCAAAAUGUUCACAGAAAACUAACUCUCGCGUGUGUAACAUUUCUGAACAAACAUGGCAUCGAUGUUGUGAUUCUGGGUGGCUGAGAGAUGUUUUUACAUAUUGUUUUGACCCUAGGAGCCUGUAAGUUGCAUGGGCCGCUCCACAUGGCCCUGGGAAAUCUUAAACAACGAGCUGUAUUUGUUUUUUUCUACGUGUGCCCACUAAAGACUUGAAUGAUAACCAGCACCUUAUAACAUAUGAAAAGGCAAAUGACGCUUAGCAAGAACUAAGAGAGGUCUGCAUGGUUAUUAUCGAAAAAAAACUUUUCUAGUUUAUGAAGACCGCACACUGGUUUGAAAUCCAGUAGUUGGAGUCACUGGCAGACUCGUACCCUCCGACUACAUACCUGUCCUUGAUCUAAAUAUCCACUGCGCGCGCGUGGUCGGCAUGAGCUUCUCGCGCCUCAAGCUCCGUGACCCCCGCGAGCUGCUGGCCCAGCCCUCCGACCCCAGCGCGUCUGUGCAUGCAAUGGCAGACGCUGCGACGACUCCCGCUACUCCUACGACGCCUUCCACAUCUGCCGACCAGCCGCCUGCGCUUCAGUCUCCGGUCACCCAGUCGGCGCCCGCGCAGCCACCUGCAACAGAGCUGCUCCCAGCGCCGCCAGCCGCCAGGGCUCCCCUCCCCCCGCAGUCGCCCCCGGGCCCUCCCGAGGCGCCGCCAGACGCCCCUCCCAGCGCCGCCAGCGAGCGCCGGGACGCCGAGCCCGUGCCCAAGAAGCGCCGCCUGCUGGAGGCCUCGGAGGCCGCAGACGCGCAGGAGACCUCAGCCCCUGCCAAGCCGCUUAGCGACCCCCAGGACAUCCUGGCGAAGGCGUGCUUCGCCGUGGGCAUCGACUCCGACUUCGCCGAGAGCGUGGUGGAGGACCCGCUCCCGCCGCCGCAGCAGGGCUCCCAGCUGCCGCCGCAGCCCCAGGCGGAGGGCGUCCACUACGUGCAGGGACUCCGGCCGCCCUACCCUGGCGUGCCCGCCGACGUGAGGCUGAGGCCGCCGGAGGUGCGCCUCCACCCCGGAAUGCCCCACCCGGCCUCCGUCAACGGAUCCUACCCGAUAGCGGAAGCCCGCGUGCAGUACCACCAGUUCCCCGGCCGCUUCCACGAGCCGCCCUUCCCGCUGCCGCGUCGGGUCCCCGUGCAUGGCGAGCCGCGCCACUGCCUCCCGGGCCCACCGCAGCCCAGGUACCAGUACGUGGCCUACCCGAGGGGCGUCCCGCCGCCCAGAACCAUCCUGGUGUCAGAGCGGGUCCCUCCCCCGCACCACGCCGUCAUGCAUCAUGACCCGCGCCGCCCGCGCCCGCCGGCCGGGCAGCACGAGCCCCGCGCGCCGCCGCCCGCAGCCAUGCACCACGCCCCGCGCCACCCGUCCCCGCCCGCGCUGCAGCACGACCCCAGGCUCCCUCCCCCGGAGUACCGCCAUGCCCCGCGCAUGGUUCCUGAGGCGAGGCACAUGGCGCCCAUGCAGCCGGAGGUGCGCUACAGGGUGCCCAUGAACCACCAUGAAGUUGCCCUCGUGGCGUCGGGGGGGCCCGCCUCCUUCGUGCCCGCAGACGGCAGCCGCCCAGGGCCUCCGCGACCCAAGCUAGAGCGGCAGCCCCUUGCUGAGCAGCGGCCGCACCCCUACGAGAUGUACACGCCGCCUCCCGGGUCAGCGCACUCCCCAAAGGAGGCUCCGUACGCUCCCGUUAGUCCCCACGCCCUCCCAGCGAAUGCCCACUACGGGCCUCCGCGCGUGGUGGACAGAUACAACAAGCACCCUUAUGGUCGCGCCGAGAUGAGUCGAGAGUCAGGUUCGUGGCACGAGCAGGCGACUCCGCCGCCUCAGCACUCGCCCGAAGACCGGCCUCGGCCUCCAGAGCCCGUCCGCUCGCCGUACGCCAGCCCCCAGGAAGGCUCUUGGCCGGCAAAGCGAUACUCCGAAAGUCAGGACCAGGCGAGCGAGUUCAUUCCGCCGCAGAGACUGAGGGAACCGAAGCCGUGCGUCGAGCUCAUUCCGCUGAGACUCCCAGCCAACCAAGAGAAGGAGAGGAAGAUCGGAGGUGAAGGGAACCCAGUUCCGUCCAGUCCAGGGCCUCCUCAGAAGCAUCAGGCGGCGACGCCCAUAAGCCCCGCCACGGUCACACCCGUUAACCGCAAGGCUUCUGAAAAGGGAGCUCCGGCCGAAAAAUAUGCUCGGAUUAAUACUCCUGAUGACGACGAAAUUCAGGAAGCUUCUCAGGGCAACGGUGGACUCCAGUUUCCGCCAGGCUUAACUGUGACAGAGGCAGUGGCAUCGCCUCCAGCACACCACACCGCAGCUGCGAAACGAGAGAACUCCAAAGACGUUUUUGUCUAUCCAGAAAAAUCUGACGAGUCUGCUAAACGGUUAUACAGUGAUUCAGAUAAAGCAGGAAUCGCACAGGCUCAUGCUGAGCUGCAGAAGACAUCAGAAGACUCAACGGAACUGAAAAGCAAACCGCCAGAGCCCCAAGAGAACAGCAAAGAAAACACGCCAAAAUCAGCAGCAGCAUCGGAACUAACCGUCAGCAAAGACGAAACCCUCGACAUGAAACAAGACAGAGUUGCUGCUUCGAAACGACAAGCGGAAAACGGUGAGCUUCAUCCAGAGAAGGAGGAAGGACUUCAUCACCGAGGUUUACCCAGUGAUUCGCGCGUUUUGGAACAAUAUUAUAGCCUCCAGAGCUCCCACUGCGUGAGCCAGGGCAGAUCAGCUUCCGAGCCUCCACCCGGAGCGGCAGGUCCCUCUGUGAACCUCACAUCGGCCAUGAGACCAGCAUCGCUCCCCGCCGCCACUCAAAUAUCCGUAUCAAACCCCCCUCCGAACAGGGAUUCCGCGCCCCCCGACAACCUGAAGAUGAACGGGAGAGCGAAAAUAUCCGCGGAGGACAAUCACGACAACGACGAAGUGUUCGUUGAGCGCCUGAGAUUCGUGCUGGAUGACCUCGUGUCCGUUCCCGAAGCUACCUUACCCAAGGCGUCGCGAUCCCCACAGCAGGUGUUGGCGUACCUCGUCAGGCAAGGAGGAGCCAAGCCGUCCGAACACCCUUGUCUUCGGGAGAGGCUCAGGGAAGACUUUCUAACUAUGGUUAAGCGGUACAUGCCGGGCAGCACCAUAGCGGACUGGGGCUGGGACUCGUGCUCGCCGGAGCAGAUCCUGGACCAGCUGAUCAAGGUGUCCUCUGGCGGCGACGAAGGCAUCAACGGCGGCGCCCGCUCCACCAGCACCGCCUCUGCCAUGCAGGACGACCCUCUCGAGGACGACGUCUUCACCUCCAGCGAUGGCCCUCAGGGUCCGAGAGCCGCACCCGUUCCCAGUGCCCCUCCUCGCCCCAGCCCCCUCAUGCCUCCCGCCCACACAGCGGCGCCAACCACCACGAGUCCCCACACCCCGACGCCGCCCAGCACUAGUAGUUCCCAGUCCUCAGCGCCUUGCACGGUGACGGCAGGCGCUGGAAAACCACGGGAGGAAGUCCCCCAGAGCAGUGUGCCGCGGUCCCCAGUUCCCCAAAGCACAGUGCCACCGACUCCAACCCCGGUCACUUCGCCGUCAGCAGCACCUACAUUUCACGCCUACAGUGCCAACGCUGCAUACCAACACACAUCCCCUACCCAGACGAGUCCGCGUGCCCCCACAUCUCAUGCAGCGUUUCCCCACACAACUCCCGCUAAUACAAAGACUCAGCACGUGCUUUCUCACACAAUGGCUCCACAUACAUAUCCAGUCCACGCAACAGCUGUACACGUUUCUACCAGUUCCCCAGCAACUUUGUAUACAUCUAAUGCAGACCCAACAGCCCAGCAUGUGUCUACCACCCUGACAAACGUUACGCACCCCCAUUCUAACAAUGCAAGGGUAAUGAACGCAUCUACCGGUUCCACAACAGCCCCACAUGUAAGCUCUGCCCACACAAAUGCUUCACUGGCAUAUCCAAAUCACACUACUGCUGCACAGGCAUUAACAACAUAUACAACAAUUCCACACCCCCUUCCCACCACAAUGUCACACUCGCUUCCCACCACAAUGUCACACUCGCUUCCCACCACAACGCAGGCCUUGCACUCGCCCGCCAUCUACUCAGCGGCCCAACACAUGCACCACCUCCAGAGGUCUGCCUCGGCGACGGUCACACCAGACGCUUAUCCGGACGACAAACGACACCCUGCCUCUCGCUCGGUCGUUCCUCAGCCUGUCACCUCUGUCCCUUAUUCUCCUUCUUCAGGGCCUUCAGUUCCCCAGUCUUCGGCUUCUCACCCUGUUUCUUCAGCGCCGCAUUCCUCCUCUUCAGCCGCCGUACUCUGGCCAUGCGGUCCCUCAUUCUGCUGCACCCGCCCCUCACUUUACCCCCUUGGUUCCUCAUUCCACCCCUUCAGGUCCUCACCCCGCCCCAUCAGCCCCUCAUUCUGUUCCCCCACCCCAUCGCCCUGCCCCCUCGGCCCCUCACUCAGCGCCCUCCGUCCCUCACGCCUCCUCCACCCACCACCCCGCCCCUCCAGUGCCCCAUCCCGCCUCCUCGGGCGACCCGCACUUCUCGUCCCGCGACCGAGUCCCCUCCCACGGCGCCCACGCUUCGCCGCCAAUGAUGCCGUCCCGCGGCGCCCCAUACCCACCCACCGCCGCCCACCCGCCCCGAUGCGCCACCCCGGCCACCCCCACCUCCCCCCUGCCUACCAGGCCUACAACCACCACGCACCUGUCCACCACCCGGGCGGCCGCGUGCCCCACCCUAGCGCCCACUCCGCCGGCGUCCACCCGCCGCCCGUGCUCAUGCCAGCCGGCCAGGGCGCCCACUAUCCCCGUCAGCCUCACCACCUCGCCUACCACCACCGCCCAGCACCACGCCCACGCCCACUAUCCAGUACGCGCAGCCGCAGGUGCAUUCCACAAAGAAGUGGACGGGUUAGUGGUGUCAGUGUCGAGAACGUGGUGAGGUCAGCUGUGUUUGCUGCCCUGAACAGGCAUGCCUCGCCGACCUGAACUGGGCAGCGAUAAUAUUAUUUGGUAUAUAUCGUUCUGUGUUUGUGAAUGCGUAUUGAUGCAUAUAGGGUAUUGAUUUGUGUGUUUGUGUGUGUUGUGUGUUUUGUGUAUAUGUGUGUGUGUGUGUGUGUGUGUG